AGUGUAAUUAUUUUUCCUUGCAUGUUUAAAAUAAAAUGUUCUGUUCGUAAUUAUUAACAUAUUAUUUUCUAUGAAAUAAUAAGUAGAUCGAUAGUUGGCAUUAUUUAAAGUUGUUACAGUAAUUAUCAAAAUGCAGUUAUAAUUUUAUCACGAUUAUUGCAUUAGCAGCACCUCUCGGGCACACUUCGUGCACGAGCAAGAUAGCUGGUCGCCGCUCAUAGCGCGAUAUGCACCAAACAAAAUUUCGAGAUCUGCGCAUGAUUGACAGGCGCGCGCAUCGAUUUUCCCGCCUGCCGAUCGAGACCUCGUACUUAGUGGCCAAGAUCACGGCCAUUGCCAUUGUCUUGUUCUAACCUCUCAACCUCUCGAUUUUACUACUGGAUUACGUUAAUAUGUACGCUCGUUUAUUAUUAUUACCGCAUUAUAAUGCAUUUUACAAUACACUUGCAAUAUGCUUGCAUUACUCGUUUUAUAUCUUGGUGACAUUGAUGGCGAUUGUGGAUGUUUACAAAUGAUCGUAUUGGCGACUUGGUGGCCAUCUUUGUUGGAAACCUUGAUUGAUUCUUGAUUCAUAAGAUGAAUAAGCGAUUCACGCCUAAAGCCAGAUGCACCGUGCGUAUUUAGCAUAAUAGACAAUCUGCGGAGAUUAUUCUAACCUAAAUAUUGUAGAAGUGAAUCGUAUUUAUUUUAUUUCAAUACUCUUGUAUUUCUGAUGAUUCAAUAAUAUUUAAGCAUGAGGCGAGUCGAUUUAAAAGUAGUUUUAUUGGGUGAUUCUGCUGUUGGAAAAACAAGCCUUGUCGAACGUUUCGUGAAUGACAGGUUUACCGAAGAAAUUCAUUAUCGAAGCACUUUAGGUGGUGUAUUUACAGCUAAGCAAAUGCAACAUGGUGGGCAUAAGAUCAUUAUGGGAAUAUGGGACACAGCAGGCGAAGAAAAAUAUGAUGCAAUGACUAGAUUAUAUUACCGUAAAGCGAACGCUGCCAUAGUGUGUCAUGACAUUACAAAAUUAGAUACAUUUAGAAGGGCAAGCUUCUGGAUAAGGGAGCUUAGAAAUAUUGAAGAGCAGUGUAAAAUAUACAUUUGUGGUACAAAAAAGGAUCUCCUAGAGCAACAUGCAGGUGCAUCCCCUGAUACAGAUGUUUUAAAAGUAUACGCAGCUAACAUACAGGCUAAGGUUUUCAUAACAUCUAGUAAAACUGGGGGAAAUGUUGUUACAUUGUUUGACGAAAUUGCGAAAGAUUUUAUAUCUUACCCAAAAAAUAUACCAGAUGUACAAGAAAUAAUCGAUGUAAGUAGUAAGAAGUCUAAAAGAACAUGUUGUUGAUUUACGUAACUUACAAUAUCAGUAUUCAAAAAUA